AUGGAGGAAGCACACCAACCCGCGCAGAGGUUGUUUCAAUCGUACCUGGUCCGUGUGCAUCCGAGUCAAGCUUCGCAAACAUUGUACGAGCGGUUGAACUGUUCAGAUGUGGAAUUCGUCAUCAUGCUGAUGCACGGCAGAGCAUCACACAAGGCGCUGAGUUCGUCAUUCUGCACCCUGGUGGCUAGUGCUGCACUCGACCUGGAUGAUGAGCCCAGGGAUGAGGUGAUCACAUCACACAGCAAAGCACUGAUGCUUGAAAGUUGCACCGAUGAGGCGAGACCAGCCAUGAUUCUGCACUCGAUGACCACAAUGAGAGCUCAGCAAAUGCAGCGCCUCUUUGGCGGGUUGGUCUCGACCCUGAGCAAGUUGAGGCAAAUCGCUUGA